AUGCCUCCCGCCAGUUCGAGAAAAGCAGCACUUCGGACAAUAAUGGCGCCGACGAAGCGCCCCGUAGAUCUGGACGCCAUUUUCCGCGGCGCCCCCGCACCCGUGCCCAGGGUACGCGCAAUAUCAUCUACAGACCGCCUGCUGAAGCCUACGAAAGCUUCGCUGGCCGCAUUAAGAGAUAAGGUGCUGACUGGCAAAGACAAGGAAGUGGCUGAAGCUCGCAAGGUGGCACAGAAGCGACGUCGCUUAGCGCGUGUGGCCAAGGAAAACGGUCAUCUGACGAUCCCGCAGUCGCCAAAAUUCCGCAAGAUCAAAAAGUAUACCGCUCGCUCUCGUGCCGAUAUGUUAACACGGACGUCCCGAGAGCUGCUGGAAAUCGCUGCCAUCCGCAAGCGCGUGCAGGCCCAGAAGCGCAAAACGCAAAAGUACCACGACGCCACAACCCACGGAGCGGCGCCAGGCAAGAGCGCCCAGUUCUCCAAAGCACUUUCGGCCAGUGGGGGCGUCGGCGUCCCAGCCGUACGACUUCCGAAGCUUACGACGCCUGUGGGCUUUGAGUUUGAGAUUGAUAAGCGCGCAGCAGCGGCAAAGGCCCGUAAGAGAAAGAGUGUGGCAGGGGCGGGUAAUGAGACGGAGGAGGCGCAGGUUGAAAAUGAAGUGAAUGGCGAUGUGAACAAGCCACAGCUUAAAAAGCAGCGGAAGUCGGCUGCAGCUUGA